GUAACAGCUUGCAGGAUGUGUCAUGGAGGGAUUCCCAUGAACUCGAGUGUGACUGAGCAUUGUAUCAGUGGCUGUGGGUUAGCAGGCGGAGGGGGAGGCAGGCUCAUGAUGAAGAGCUACAUCAUCAUUCAGGCCUGCUGUGCAGCUUUCCACAGGUGCGGACUGGACGCCGGCUGUGUGAGACGGAUGGCAGAGGCUCCCAUGUCAUGUGAUUGUUUUGUUUCCUUGCCCCCCGGUUCUCGCGAUGACCAUGUGAUUUUUGGGAAGAACUCCGACCGUCCCCGGGAUGAGGUGCAGGAGGUGGCCCACUACCCCGCAGCGCCUCACCCUCCAGGCUCCAUGCUGGAGUGCACAUACAUCCAGAUCCCUCAGGUGGAGCACACUCACGCUGUCAUCCUCAGCAAGCCUGCCUGGAUGUGGGGUGCAGAAAUGGGAGCCAAUGAUCAGGGAGUGUGUAUUGGGAAUGAGGCUGUCUGGACCCGAGAGCCCGUUGCCCCCGGAGAGGCCCUGCUGGGCAUGGACCUUGUUCGACUGGGGUUGGAGCGCGGUAACAGUGCCUGGGCGGCGCUGACUGUGAUCACUGGCCUCCUGGAGCAGCAUGGCCAGGGGGGGCAGUGCCGGGAGGAUCCUGCACCCUUCAGCUACCACAACACCUUCCUCCUGGUGGACCGCAACGAGGCCUGGGUCCUGGAAACCGCUGGAAGGCUGUGGGUGGCGCAGAAGGUCACUGAGGGCGUGAAGAACAUCUCCAACCAGCUGACUAUCAGUACUGAGGUCUCCGCAGAGCACCCGGAGCUGCGGAGCGUGGCCCAGGCUCAGGGCUGGUGGGACGGCGAAGGAGAGUUCAACUUCUCUCAGGUGUUCAGCCCUGAGAACCCACCUGCCAGGAUGGAGCUGGCCAAACAGCGCUACAAGGGAGGCACAGAGCUACUCCAGCAACAUGAUGGCUCAGUGACGGCAGAGUUGAUGAUGUCCAUUCUGAGGGACAAGCCCAGUGGCAUCUGCAUGGACUCUGGAGGUUUCUGCACCACAGGCAGCAUGGUGUCUGUCCUGCCCAGAGACACCAGCCUGCCCUGCAUCCACUUCUUCACUGCCACCCCAGACCCCUCCAGGUCUGUAUUCAAGCCUUUUAUCUUCUCGGACCAUUCCACCCCAGUGCUGCGGGUGAUCUCCCCACAGUUCGGUCCAGACGACCCUGUCAGGAAGCAGCCUCGCUUUCAGAGCCAGGUGGACCGCAGGCAUGACCUGUACAAGGCCCACCAGGUGGCGCUCAACACCAUGGAGACCAACCCGGACGAGGGUUUAGCCAUCUAUGAGAUCCUGAGGGAGCUGGAGGCGCAGUGUCUGAGCGAGAUCUCAGCCAUGCUGAAUGGAGAGAUACCAGGAGACGAACUGGGCGACUUGUUUUUCGAUUGCGUGGACACAGAGAUUAAGUUCUACCAGUGAGGAGCGCCCUCAGGUGGACAUCCCUAGCUCUCGCACAGUUGCAGGAGAAGGCCCUGAGACUGACAAAAACUCAGUGUUCCUGGUCUGUCGGGGCCUCCGCCUCACUCACACAACACACAUCCCUGACACCAUUCCAUCAUUAACACAGACUAAAUGUCUAAACUGCACAUGUGAUUGGAGCAUAUUUAUCAUCUGUAUUACCCAGGGAGCAAUGGCUGCACCUCAUUAGUGAGUAUAAUGAUGUAGACACAGGCGCCUAUGUAGAGCUGUGUGAAGUUGCACAAAUACUGUGAGUACGGCAUUUUUGUUUAACAUUUUGUUUGUUGUUGCAAAUGAGUGGGUUGUCAUUUGAUGGCUACCUGUAGGAAGUGAUCUAAUAAAGAAUGUGCAUAGUCUGUCCUGAGUGUGCUGUGAGCUUUCUGGCCAUCCUAGUGGUGCAACUGUAGGUAUUAGUAAUGUUAGAGUGCAUCCAAAUUUGUGCAAAUGUGUACGUGCAUCUUUUUCUCUCUGUUUCAGCCCUCUGCUCAGAAUAAAAAUCUACUUUUGAUCUUACUAGCCCCCCAAAAGGGAGAUUCACCGAAGCGUGUAAAUUUUGCUUUUGCAAAAUGUUGACAUGAGCCAGUACAGUGUGUCUGUAAAGUUAAAGAUCCCCUUGGGACAUGUAUUAAGACAUACAGAUAAUCUGCUGGGAAAUAAUGUGUGUCUGGUGUGUUUUUUAAACAAAACAAGUAAGAUUUCCAUAUUAAAACCCUUAAAAAGUCAUCUACUUCUACAUCAUUAAAAAUCUAUGAAUAUGCCAAUUUUGUUCAUUUCAAACCCAAUGUCUCCUGCUGCACUGUGCACUGGUGGCUUCAAGUUUCACACUUGUAUAAGUUGCAUACUGGACCAGGGUUUAUUUUCAUCAUCACUCUGUGUUGCUUGGAUGUGAAUAGUAAAAUAAAUGAAUGAGUAUGAAUUAUUUUGAAUUCCUAUUGUGACAUGUCAAGAUGUCUACUUUAAAUAAAAAGGCCUACACUUACACAUUA